AUGAAGUCCUUCUCCCCCGUUGCCCUGGCCCUGAUGGCCGCCUUCGGCAUGGUCGCCGCUGACCCUUCUGCCUCUGAGUGCGCUACUAUGUGUGUGUCCAACAUGAACAACAAGGCCUCCGAGCUCGGCUGCAAGGCCGACGAUAUGUCUUGCCUGUGCAAGACCGAUGACUACAAGUUCGGUAUCCGUGACUGCACCAAGCAGGCCUGCCCCAGCGAUGACGCUGAGAAGGUCCUGGCCAUGGCUGUCGCCAAGUGCCCUGGUGGCAAGGCCGGCUCUGACGCUUCGUCUUCCAGCUCCAGCUCCAGCUCUGACUCCGACUCCACCUCUACUGGCACUGGCGCCGGUGCUGGCAGCGACUCGACCACCUCAAUGACCGGCUCUAGCACCAAGACUGGCACCGAUGCCUCCGCCACUGGUACCCAGACUGGUUCUGACGCCUCUGGCUCCAUGACUGGCACUGGUGCUUCUGGCUCCGUCACCGGCACCGGCUCUCACACUGGCUCCAUGACCGGUUCCAUGACUGGCUCUAUGACCGGCUCUGACUCCACCAUGAUGACCGUCACUAGCACCAGCUCUGGCUCCUCCUCCUCCGAGACCGGUAGCGGCUCUGGUUCCGACUCCGACUCCAACUCUGACAGCUCUGACUCUGGCAGCGAUGCCUCUGGCUCUGCUGCUGGCUCUGCUGCCCCCACUUCCACCGAUGGUGCUGCCAACCCCAUGGCCACUGUUGGCAGUGGUGCCAUGGGUGCCCUCGGCCUCGUUGCUCUCCUUGCCCUGUAA